GAAUUGUCUCCUGUUAUUUGGGCACAUGAAAGGCUAUGGGCAGUUUCAACACCAGUUUUAGACAGGAUUUUGUCUUGGUGGGCUUCUCUGAUUUUCCUCAACUAGAACUCAUUCUUUCUGUCUUCAUUUCCAUUUUCUACUCCCUAACUCUCUUUGGAAAUUCUACCAUCAUUAUCCUUUCACAACUGGAUGUUUGCCUUCAAACACCAAUGUAUUUCUUCCUCUGCCACCUCUCCUUCCUGGAUCUCUGCUACACAACCAGCAUUGUGCCCCAGCUUCUGGUCAACCUCCAGGGAUAUGACAGAACCAUCAGCUAUGGAGGGUGUGUGGCCCAGCUCUUCCUUUUCCUUGCCCUGGCCUCCACAGAGAGUGUGCUCCUGGUGGUGAUGGCCUUUGACCGCUAUGCUGCUGUGUGUCGUCCCCUGCACUACACGACCAUCAUGAACCCCCUUCUCUGCCUCUCACUAGCUAUUACUUCCUGGGUAGGAGGCUUCAUGAACUCUCUGAUUCAGACAAGCCUGAUGAUGACGAUGCCUCUCUGUGGACACCAGCUGAACCACUUCUUCUGUGAGAUGCCUAUUCUCUUGAAGUUGGCCUGUGAGGACACAGAAGGAACAGAAGCCAAAAUGUUUGUGGCCCGUGUUGUAAUAUUGAUAUUUCCUGUAACACUAAUUCUGGGCUCCUAUGCAAACAUUGCUCAUGCAGUGCUGAAGACCAAGUCAAUGGCAGGAUGCAAAAAGGCUCUGGGGACUUGUGGGUCCCACCUUGUGGUUGUGUCUAUGUUUUAUGGUGCAGCCAUCUACACAUACUUACAACCCAAGGGCAGCUAUUCUGAGAGCAAGGGGAAGUUUGUGGCCCUUUUUUAUACUAUCAUCACUCCCAUGCUCAACCCUCUGAUUUAUACCCUGAGGAACAAGGAUGUGAAGGGGGCUCUGUGGAAGGUGCUAGGGAGAGGCAAGGACUCAGAAUAGAAGAGCAAAGGAUAAUCAGUACAAUUUAGUUUAACAGCUCUUGGGUUACAGUCUCUUCCUGUCCUUGCAAAGUAAUUGGUUAGUACAAAAUAAGCUUCAACAGACCCUGUGGGUUUGAUGCUUCCCUGUUUGAAGUUGGAAGUGGGAGCAUCUUUUGAAAAGUUUUGUGGUUAAGUGUCUAUAAUCCAUAUGCCAAAGGGAGUAAGAACUGGUUUGUACCAUGGUACUUAGGAAAUGGGAUAUUGUCUCCUCUUGUGCAAAGUGGAGACUGUUUCUAAGUAAGCCUGGGGACAAGGAAACAUUGUUCUUGUGGCAGCGUCUUCCAGAUUUCUAGGAUGGGGCUAUGCAGACUUCCCUAUGACAAAGUCUUGUAGCAAUGCCUAUGUUUCUAAUCCCCAUUACCCUGCCUAUGUCCCUUCAUAUCACAGCACCUCUUUUUAAAGUCUACUGAAGUGGAUGUCCUAUGAUAUCUGGAGAACAUAAGAAAAUAAUGAUUAGUGCUAUAUUAUGAAGUGUUGCAGAGGCCAGAUAUGAAAGUUGCUUUUCUACUUCAAGUCACAUACAAACAAACACUAGGGAGGCAUUCUGCAAGUUGGGGUGAGGGGCAUUUCUUCUUCCUCAGCUGUACAGUGCAACUCAGAAAUGAUGCUUGGUGCUGGGAAGAUGAUAAUGUUCAUGAAAGAGAAGAAAUUGGAGAGGAAAUCAAACAUGAGCUUAAUUAGUAUCCACCACUGUUUUGUCUGACUGAUUCUUCCCAAAGUUCUACAUUCUUCUUAAUUACCUAUUCUUAGGUAAAAGACCAAAUAGUAUGCUUUACAGAGUUAACUAAUCUUUAACUGUUCUUGUUUCUAUAACUCCUAACAUAACUCAAGGCCUGUGCUUACAGAACAUUCUGUGUUACUACAUUUAAUUAUCUCAGUGUGGAAUAUAGGCAAAUUCUCCCUUCAUAUUAGCUAUACUUACCAAGAGACCAAAUACUAGAUCAUUAUUUUGUAUUGUUAUUUUCAGGUUGCCCAGAUACUAAACAUAAAUUUAUUAUUUGACUAUGUCCUAUUUUGCUACAAAUCUUAUACAGCUAGCUGCUACCUAAGAUUCUGUAUUUUAUAUUUAUUCACUUGAGG